CCCAAGAGGGUUAUUGAAGAAACACAUCAGCUAUUCCAUGAGGUUUAGGGGACCGUCAGAGCACGAGAACCAUCGUCAGACUCCCCAGAGUGUUGCCUGAUGAGAUGGCAUACCUUGUAGCGAAGGCUUCGUCCCUCGGAGAGCAUCUGAACUGAGGAAGAGCAAUUCCUAAAUGAGCCGAUUACACCUCAACAAGAAGGCAACGGACAAACAGCCAUAUAGCAAGCUCCCAGGUGUGUCUCUUCUGAAACCUUUGAAAGGAGUAGAUCCUAACCUAAUCAACAACUUGGAGACAUUCUUCGAAUUGGAUUAUCCCAAAUAUGAAGUACUCCUUUGUGUACAAGAUCACGAUGAUCCAGCCAUUGAUGUAUGUAAGAAGCUUCUUGGAAAAUACCCAAAUGUUGAUGCUAGAUUGUUUAUUGGUGGCAAAAAGGUUGGCAUUAACCCUAAAAUUAAUAAUUUAAUGCCAGGAUAUGAAGUUGCAAAGUAUGAUCUGGUAUGGAUCUGUGAUAGUGGAAUAAGAGUAAUUCCAGACACACUUACUGACAUGGUUAACCAAAUGACAGAGAAAGUGGGCCUGGUUCAUGGGCUGCCCUAUGUAGCAGACAGACAGGGCUUUGCUGCUACAUUAGAACAGGUAUAUUUUGGAACUUCUCAUCCAAGGUCCUAUAUCUCUGCCAACGUAACUGGCUUCAAAUGUGUGACAGGAAUGUCUUGUUUAAUGAGAAAGGAUGUGUUAGAUCAAGCAGGAGGGCUUAUAGCUUUUGCUCAAUACAUUGCUGAGGAUUACUUUAUGGCCAAAGCCAUAGCUGACCGAGGUUGGAGGUUUGCGAUGUCCACUCAGGUUGCAAUGCAAAACUCUGGCUCUUAUUCAAUUUCCCAAUUUCAAUCCAGAAUGAUCAGGUGGACCAAAUUGCGAAUUAACAUGCUUCCCGCUACAAUAAUUUGUGAGCCAAUUUCAGAGUGCUUUGUUGCCAGUUUAAUUAUUGGAUGGGCAGCCCACCAUGUAUUCAGAUGGGAUAUUAUGGUAUUUUUCAUGUGUCAUUGCCUGGCAUGGUUUAUAUUUGACUACAUUCAACUCAGGGGUGUCCAGGGUGGCACACUGUGUUUUUCAAAACUUGAUUAUGCAGUAGCCUGGUUCAUCCGUGAAUCCAUGACAAUAUACAUUUUUUUGUCGGCAUUAUGGGACCCUACUAUAAGCUGGAGAACUGGUCGCUACAGAUUGCGCUGUGGGGGCACAGCGGAGGAAAUUCUAGAUGUAUAGCUACAGCUUUGUGACUGUACAUAAAGGAAAAAAGAGAAGUAUUAUAAAUUAUGUUUAUAUAAAUGCUUUUAAAGAUCUACCUUCAGUAGUUUUAUCACAUGUAUGUUUGAUAUCUGUUCUUUAAUUUAUUUUGCAUGGCACUUGCAUCUGUGGAAAAAAAAAAAAAAACCCACAUCUGUAGUCUUGGCCAAAUGGUACCCUUUGUUUUGUGGAAGUAGAGAAUCAAGAGAAUUGGUUCUAGGAACCUGGCUUUGGUUUUUGUUGUUGUUUAUUUUUUAAAAUAAAUAUAUAUAUAUAUAUAUAUAUAAAAUAUAUGAAUGCUCUGCAGCAAACACUAUGACAGUAUCCUUCAGUAGAGAAAGUUUCUUACUUGUGAGUACACUCUUUUAGAACAUUUAUGGGAUGGCAGCAGCUUUGUUUUGGGGUUUAGAAAAGACUAGAAAGUAAUCACUUUACGGAUCUAAAGUGAAUGGUGUCACGUGGUGAACAGUCCACGGUGAGGUACUAACUAAGAAACUUUUUCAUGCUCUAUGCCUACCUCUUGUAGUUGUUGCAGAGCAAAUAUAAAUUGUAAUAAGGUAGCUAGGCCUUGCAAAAACAAAUGGAAAAACUUUAAAAAUAAUAAUAAAAGAGCUGGAGUCUAGUAUUUAUAUGAAUCUGUGAGAGAUUUUUUUUUUUUUUUUGGUCUCACUGCAAUGAACCAAAAGUGGUUGAGUUUGGUUUUUAAUUGUAGCCAUGUAUUGAAGGCAUCCUUUUGACCAACUCUUGUUGGUUCUGUCUUGAACCAUUGUUAAUCACUGUGCUGGUAGACCUUUCCUUCCCUGCUUCUCACCUGCCCAAGUCCCUUCUUUCCUUAACUUUUUUUUUCGGGGUGGGGGGGGGUUUUGUUUUAGUGUGACUGGAUGUUUUGAUAGUUGUGAGGAAAAAUGCAUUUCAGACACAUUUCACACAUGAGCUAUUUUCUUACACAGUAUGUCUUGUUAAAAAGAAUGUAAUUUCAUGAUACAGGUAUUUAAUAUCUUUUUUAAGUAAAUAUUCUAGCCAUCAAAUAAAUUGCAGUAGAGUAUUAAGUGGGGACAGGAUGAGUUUUACUCUUAAAAUUAAUCAGUAUCAAACUAAGUCUACUGUGUGUGUGUGUUUUUUUUUUACUCUUACAGUUAGUCUAGUCUUAUUUAAAUUGGAUUUUUGUAUUCCAGUUUGUAUGACAGAAUAGAUCAGUGCUAGUUGUAAAUGCAUGCUGUAUGUCACUCUUCUCUCCCCAUCAUGCCGCUGAACUUGCUUGUCAGGUUGUGCUUAACUUGUGGUGAACUGGACUUGUUUUUGUUUAAAACAAAAUAGGCAAAAAUGUAAGGGAUAGUGCAUAAGCCUUUUUUUUUUUUUUUUUUAACCUUUGGUAGUGGAAUUUUUGCUUUUUCUUCGGGAUUAGAUGGCAUGUUGUCCAUAUGAACGCCUGCUGCAGGGCUGAUGCUGGCAAUAUGGCAGCUUUAAAUUCUGUUACUACAGUUUCCAUGUCAAAGCAUAGUGUGUAGCAUAUCAGCAAUAACUACAUAUUUAAAGAAAAUGAACACGUUUUCACCUCACUGAGCCAACUCAUUUAAUUGUCUAAUGACUAAUAUACAUGGUUUAAAUUGUAAUAUAUCAAUGUGUAUACACUAUGUAUAUACAUUAUGUAUAAGCUUUUCUCUGGGCCAAACUGCUUCAUUUAAAAAAAAAAAUUUUUUUUUUUUUGGCGCCUUAUGACGAAUUUGUUUGAAGGGCAUUUUCUUCAUGAACAAAGGCUUUGAUGCAUAUUCCUUUCUAUGUGAAAUGGGUAGUAGUGUUCCCUGAGGAAAGUUGCACAGUGAAAACCAGUCUAGUUGUGACCCACUCUGUUUUUUUUUUAAAUCUCUAUUACACAAGUUGAAUUUUGCUGAAUAUGUUUGUAACUUGUCGGUUUGUUUAAUGAAGUUUGGUUGAUGCCAUCCUUUG